UUUCAUGCGGAGAGAGAGAGAGAGAGAGAGAGAAGAGAAGAGAAGGGAAAAGACUCGUAAAACCUUAGCGGCGAAGAUCGACAGAGGACGGGGAGGGGUCGGCAAUGGCGGAUCACGAGGCGCGGGGCGACGACUUCGAGAAGAAGGCGGAGAAGAAGCUCACGGGGUGGGGCCUCUUCGGAUCCAAGUACGAGGACGCCGCCGAUCUCUUCGACAAGGCCGGGAACUCCUUCAAGCUCGCCAAAAAUUGGGAGAGGGCCGGAGCAGUAUAUAUCAAACUUGCUAACUGUCAUUUGAAGUUAGAGAGCAAACAUGAAGCUGCCUCAGCUUAUGUGGAUGCUGCAAAUUGUUAUAAGAAAAUCUCACCUAAAGAUGCUGCACAAGCCUUGAACCAGGCUGUUAACCUUUUCUUAGAGAUUGGCAGAUUGAACAUGGCAGCAAGAUACUGCAAGGAGCUUGGUGAGUUAUACCAGCAGGAACAGGAUUUAGAAAAGGCUAUAGAUUUCUAUGAACGGGCUGCCGAUCUUUUCCAGAGUGAAGAAGUGACGACUUCUGCAAACCAGUGCAAGCAGAAGGUUGCAGAAUUUUCUGCACAGCUGGAACAAUACCCAAAGGCAAUUGAGAUAUUUGAAGCAAUAGCACGGCAAUCAAUCAACAACAGUCUUCUGAAGUACAGUGUCAAAGGAAUUCUCCUUAAUGCUGGUAUCUGCCAACUUUGCAAAGGUGAUGUUGUUGCAAUUACAAAUGCACUGGAGCGAUAUCAGGAACUUGAUCCUACCUUUUCUGGCACUAGAGAAUACAAACUGCUAGCUGAUUUGGCAGCUUCUAUGGAUGAAGGAGAUGUUGUCAAAUUCACUGAUUUCAUCAAGGAGUAUGAUAGCAUGACUCGACUGGAUCCUUGGAAAACCACUCUUUUACUAAGAAGCAAGAAUGCUCUAAAAGCUAAGGAAGAAGAGGAAGAUGAUCUGACUUAAAUUGUUUGAAGGCCUUAAACUUCAGCGGACUUUGUUGUAUUAUCACUAAUUCUGUGGAGUUCCUAUGUAUUUAGCGUGUUUGGAUAUAACAGCUGAGGUGGUCUAUACUUUUUUAUGUUCAAAUAUGUGUGCAAAACUCCUGUAGAUGUUUGCUUUUUCCCCCCUGCUCUGCCCCUGAGGUACUUCUAUGUUGCCUAUACUUUGUUGCAAUAAGAUCAGUGAUUGGUUUA